AUGUCCCAACCCGCACACCGGCCGCCUAAUCGGAGUGUGAACAGCCUACAAAAUGGUUCCAGAUUAUCCAGAGACUUGUCCAGGGACCUUUCCAGAAGCCGUUCCAAACCUCGUCCCAAAUCCUUCACCCCCAACGAGGCCUACAUUUAUGCUUUAAAGGCCGCUUACCUCUCUUAUCUGCUGCAGCCCAAAGCCACCAGGAAGCGCCAUGUCGAGACAAAGCCCCCGGUCAAUCGCUCAACUACUUCCAGCUCUUUUCAUGAUCUUAUGAGUGACUUCACUGUGGUUCGGGAUGCCAAAUCCGCAAGAUUUCCCCACGAUUUUGUCAAAGAGUUGGAAAAGAGGCUACAGGGCAUUCUCAUAGGCCGGGAAAAGAGACCCGAAUAUCAAGAUGCCUUGGUCAAGCGCAUCUUUGCCAUCUUUCUCAAUGCACUGUCCGACCCCCAAUUCAAAAAGCGCAUGGAGGCCGACCGGAGAGCAGAAGAUCUCGUCCUUAUCUUCUUUUCCAACGCCACCAAAGAACUCCAGAAAGGGAAACCGCCCGGUGAUGACGGCGUCAAGCGCAUGGUUGACCGUCAUGUCGCUCUCUUCGUUCGGUUAUUGUCCCUGAUCCUGAAGGACCGCGACUGGGCCAAGGACAAGCCAGAACUAGCAAGUCGUCUUGCUACUCUAGAGUCCAAGCUCCUAAAGGGUGAUGAGAAUCUUGCCAGUUCACAGACAAAUGGAGAGUUCAAGAUGGUCGAGGAGGUCGUCCCUCUGUCCUAUGAAGUAAAAGACAUGCCUCUAGUACAGGUGGUGGGGAAACUUUUCGGUCUCACAAACACCAUGCUGCAAUCCGACAUUACCAAGAACAAGCCUGUAUGGACCGAGAAAGCGGCCCUACAAGACCUGAAAACCUACCAGCAGCAUCUCACGUUGGGUACGAAGAUGACUUUGAAUGCUGAAGAUUUUGACACGCAUGAAGCAUAUGAAACCUGGAAGAGAAAUGAAAGUCCAGACCUGUCGCAGAUGAUGAUGGCCAUAAUGCAGUCCAAUCCCCAGCUGGCCAAGAGUACUCCUGGUGGAAGCUUACCAACCUUGAAUCCCCAUUCCUCAUCCUCCCAACCAAAUGACGCUCAUUAUGCAGAAGUCUCUCGAGUACUUUCUCAACCCACCGACUCCUCCUCAUACCUAUUGGACUUGCCUGUCGACCUGGGCUCUCUCGAUCUGAGCUCUUCCGAGUCCGCUUCCUCCCACCAAAAUGGCGAUGGGUCACACGUCUACACUUUCAUUCCUUCGGACCCAAGAGCCAUGUUCCGCUUUAUUCUACUCCAGGCGCUGAACCACGACCUUAAUGACCAGACAAACGAUGCCGGCAAUGGCCCGGAGAAUGGCCAACUACUUUCCAAAAAGACCACUGAGCUAUUGAAUGAAAUUGCAAUGAGGUGGCGUAUCCCAAAGUUUACUCGCAUUGUGCUAUUCUUGGACGUUGUUCGUGAAAAGUUUGCCGAGCAAGCCAUCAGCCUGGAAAUGUUGGAUGCUGCAUUCAACUAUGUCAAGGAACCACCUACAGAAGAAGCAAAGAACAAGAGAACUUCUUUAAUCAUGACUUCGGCGCUCUACGACCGAUACAACUGGACGAUCUCGGAUUUUGCCCUCAUGGGAAAGCUCCUCACCACGCUAUAUAACGCUCUACUUCAGCAAUUAUAUGAUGUGAUUUUGACCGCAUAUGCUGACAAAGCUCAGCUGCCAAAGCUUGGUGCCAUCAUGGCCAUUGUUGACGAGCAUGUCAAAAGUGAUCCCAGUUUCGCACAAGGCUCGGAAGAUUUCGAGGACUUCAAGAAUGCCGCUAUUGAUGGAUUAAUUGCUGAAGCUAAAAAGAUGUAUAACACGAUCCUUGCUCGUGAGCUUCCCCAAGAGGAUGACAAGUGGGAAUUCUAUCAUAUUCAACAGCUUGCAAAGGCUCUUUUGAAGCUGGCGGAGAAAAUCCAGAAAAGGUUCAGGAAAAACCCGGAGAUUCUUGGCAUCAACCCAUUGAUGAUCCUCCUGGAAACUACCCUUCCGGCCUUUGGAGAGGAUUCCAAAGCAAUGAUUGAGCAGAUCCUCAUCCUGGCCGAAAAGACUCAGUUUGAAAUUCCAAUCCAGGACGGGUUCGAUCUAUACAAAGACUUGAGUGAGUUUCGUCGUGUUCAUAGCGAUGCUUUGCCGAACACCCCAUUUCCUUACAAAAUCGAAGACUUGCUGGCCGAUUUUGUCUGGAAAUGGAUUCGGUCAACUGAAGGUCAAGUCCUUGGUUGGGUCGAAAACGCUGUCAAGCAUGAUACCUUUGCGGUCAGGACUCAAAAUCCAGAGCAAGUGCCUACAGAAGAUGAACGUCAUUCAACUUCUGUGAUAGACAUCUACCAGUCAUUCAAUCAGGUUGUCGAUCAAGUUGCUCAACUAAAUUGGGAUGACGAUCUCAGCUACGCGAAGUUCAUGACUGCCUUAGCCAAGGCUGUUGGCGGGGGUAUUGCCCGGUAUUGUGAACUACUCGAUCAAAUGUUUAGCAAAGAAAUGGACAGGUUGACUCCUGAACAAGAAGCGGCCGCCAAUAUGACUAGGCAAGAGAAGUGGAUGCAGUUGGCUAAAGAUACCUGGAACAACAAAGAAAGGGUCGAGCCAUUUCAAUUUUAUCCUCAAUCAUUUGUCAAGCUCAAUAACAUUUCUUUUGCCAUUCACCAAUGGGACAAACUAGAAGCAGAGGUCAAUGUGGACGCUUGCGCCGAAGUGGUCAAGAGACAUCAACCACCAAUGGCUCAACGGCCUCGAAAAACGACAAAUUACGUCUUCAGCAUUAAGAUUGUUGAAGCUGAGGACUUGAAAGCUUGCGACGUCAGCGGCUUUAGUGAUCCGUAUGUCGUCCUCACCGAUGAAUAUCAAAAGCGUUUGUCCAAGAGUAGGAUUGUCUAUCGCAAUCUCAACCCUCGAUGGGAUGAGUCCGUUGACAUUACCACACAAGGGCCUCUCAACCUGAUAGCAACAAUCUGGGAUUGGGAUGCUGUUGGAGAUCAUGAUUAUGUCGGACGAACAUCUCUCAAGUUGGAUCCGGCACAUUUCAGCGACUUUUUACCUCGUGAAUACUGGCUAGACUUGGACACUCAAGGUCGUCUUCUGGUGCGUGUGAGUAUGGAAGGCGAGCGGGAUGACAUUCAAUUCUACUUUGGAAAAGCCUUCCGGUCUCUACAACGCACUCAACGAGACAUGACUAGGCGUAUCACAGAUAAACUAUCUGCAUAUAUCAAUCAUUGCUUGUCACGACGAGCACUUCGACUACUGUUGAAUCGUGGGAUAUCAAUAUCCAGUGUCUCUUCGUACUUUGCUAGGAAUCGGACAUCUAUGGCCCCAGCUACUGCAGUCACAACUGACGCAGACAUCAUCAACGCCCUGAAACCACUAUUUGACUAUUUCGAUGACAACUUCGCAAUCAUGCAACAGACUCUUACUCCUGAUGCCAUGAUUGCGGUGAUGACCCGUCUGUGGAAAGAGGUGUUGGCAACAGUGGAAGGACUUCUCGUUCCCCCAUUGUCCGAUAAACCAUCACAGCAAAAGCCGUUGACUCAACAAGAACUUGACGUUGUGUACAAAUGGCUGCAAAGUUUAUUCGAGUUCUUCAACGCCGUGGAUGAGGAGACUGGAGAAGCCAAUGGUGUGCCUGUCAAUGUUUUGAAAAAUCCAAAGUAUCAUGAGUUACAAAUGCUCAACUUCUUUUACGACCAACCCACCGAUUCCCUUAUUCGAGAAUCAGAAAGAAUGGCGUCGACAACAGCAGCGAAUCAACAAAUGCAUCGGUCCAGAGCAUCAGCUCCACCCAGUCUCGGUCAAGUUGGUGGUGGUGGACUCCUACAACCUGGCAACAUGGCAGGUGCUCGACGUGCUAAGAGCAUCAUGAUGAGUCGAAAUUUGGGGACCAUGCGCAAAGCGAAAGAAGAGAAAUGGAAGGCUGCACAAGCCGAGCCAAGUGACGACAUGAUUCUGAGAAUCCUAAGAAUGCGGCCAGAGGCUGGGGGAUACCUGAGAGACCGUUCUAGACAAAAAGAACGUCUCGCAGCCGCCGCAGCCGCCGAGAUGAUUGUCAGAACAAGUCUUCUCUCCGGUGGAGGCAGAAUGACGGGACCAAGUGUGAUUCGACGAUGA